AUGAAGAAGGCAAAACUCAACAUUCUGUUCGGUAAAAAGAAAAUUGGCGAUAAAGAAAAUGUUGUUUCAACCAUAACUGAAUCUGCACCCCCAAAAAUAACGUUAGAUACUUUAACUUUAAAUUCAAGUCUUGACAUUCUACCUACCUCUUCAACUUCUGAUACUCCUGAAAGAGCUCAAGAAUUAAAACCAUCCGCAACGCCCAAUCAAGAAAACUCGACGGGUUUGUUUGACGAAAUUUUAAGUGAAUUGAAUACGGGAAAAUCUUCGGCUUUUGAUGAUGAAUUAUCUUUAAAUUUGGAAUUAUCAAAAUUAUUAGAAACUUCUUCGACAGUAAAAGUACAACCUACUUCAACAUUUUCCAAUUCAUCCCUAUCGAAUCAAAGUACUAAUAAAUCCGUAUUUCUAAAUAAUAAUAAUGAAGCCAAUAACUCAUACAACCGAUUUAAUUUACCAUCAAAAGACAAUUUAUCAAACAAUUUGAUUAAAAAGAAUGAACUCUUACAACCUAGCAAUAAUUUAGCAACUCAUAAACCAUUAGAUAGUGAAACUGAAACCGAAAGUGAUGAUGAAUCAAGUGAUAAUAAUAGUUUUAUAAGGAUAGAACAAUCGGCUCCUAAUCCUAAUGGUAUGAAUGGAAAGAAACCUAUAAAUCCCGUUCAACGUCGAAAAGAUAUUGGCCAAAAAACUAAUCAAGUUGAAAAUUGGGCGCAAGAUGUGAAUCCGAAAGAUGGUGAUAAUAAUAUUUUGGAUCGUAUGAAAGACAGGCAUCGUGCGGAAGCGAGGGCAGCACCUUCUUUACAUCCUCCACCCCCUUCUACCUCUUAUCCGGAUGAUGAUAGAUAUUAUGAUUAUGAUCGUCAUGACAGAUAUGAAAGAAAUGAUAGAUAUGAUCCCCCAUACUCACGAGACCCGAGAGAUCGAGAUGAUCAUUAUGAUCGUGAUUAUAGGGAAACACGGGACCCUCGAAAUCCUAGGUCGGACACUUAUUCUGAAGAUUCUCGUGAUAUGAGAGAAGAUUAUAGGUAUGGUUCAAGGGAUCGGGAUGAUUAUCGUCGAGAUCCUCGUCCGAGAAAUAAUGAUGAUAGACCUAUUUAUGAUGAUCGGUUAAGAAAUAAUACGAGAUAUCCUCGUGAAAGGAACAACGAUUAUGAAAAGGGUAUAUCUUCAAACGGCGAUCAUUUGGGAUAUCGUCAGAAUAACGGGACCAGAAUUAUUCGACGAUCUCCAAGCUCAUCUGCUUCGUCACAUACGAGUGAAUCAUCAAUAGACCCUAGGCUUCGAAGCGAGCGUUCCGUCAUUAAAGUUUCUAAAAGUAGAUCUUUUGAAAAAGAAAAAAUUAAAGAAUCUCAUGAACCAAAAGAUGGUUCUCUUUCCCGUCAAUCAUCAAUAGCUUCAAGAAAGAAUACUUCACCUGGAGAAUUUCAUCAAAGUUCAACCCGCAAUUUGCAUGACCGAGUCGUUCAUAAAGGUUCACAUAAAGAUUUAAAACAAUCACGUUCUUCAACUUCCUCAGGAGGAAGCUCAAAUCAUGAAGAAAGAAUCGUAGAAGAAUCAAAUUACAUAAAAUCAAUUUCCAGGAAGAAUUUAAGAGUUCCUUUUGACGAAACAGCUCGUGAUUCUAUCCUUUCAGUUGAUAGUGAUAUUGUUCCAUUAGGUACAAAGUAUGGAAUAACCGCAAUGAAUGCACACGAUGAAGGAUUAUCACAAGAUUCACUUGAUGAAAGUUCUGACGACGAACCUCUUGAUACCAUGAUUACAGUAAAAAGAACAAUUUCAAGAAAAAAGAGUAUGCCAGCAUCCUUUAAACCAUCAUCCUCCGAUUUUUCUUCUGAUGAUGAUGAUGAAACUUAUAAAGGACCCUUCAGUGAUAAUGAGCCGCCAAUACCACCGAGGGGUAAAACAUUUCCACCCCAACAAACACGUUCCUUACCAUCGCAUAUCCGCAAAGACCGACUUCAAAAUGGGCAUUCACGUUCUGAUAGUUAUGAUUCCAACUCUGCUUUAAAUGGAUAUCGCGACCGAGAUGAAUUCGGAUAUCAUCCUUCCCCACCUCCACCACACGUAUUACGUGAAAAACCUGCAAAUAGAUAUCCCGUACCACCUCAUCAAUAUCGUGAUGAACCUCCAUAUCCGUAUCGUGAAGAAGUUCCAUAUGAUGGAUCUCGUUAUAGGUAUGCGAAUUAUCCAUUACCACCAGAACCAUUCCCGCUUGAUCAUACGCCAGAAAAUAGCAAGAAGGUGCCAUUAAUUGAAAUGGCAGGGUAUCGUUAUGAUCAAAAUAAACGUAAUCAAACGAUUCAGCCGUUCAUUGCAAGUUUGGAUAAGCGCAUUCGAUCUCCAUCACCACCAAAUAGGUAUCCAAAUCGUGGUUAUCCUCGUGAACGAGAACGAUAUCCUCAAGAACGGGGUGAAUAUCCACCGCAACCACGUCAAUAUAACCCACCUCCACCAAGAAGUAUCAAGAAUGGUUAUGAUGAUAGAGGCGAACGUCGCGAAAGAGGGCACGAUGUUGAUAGAUAUGAUCGGUAUAAUGAUCGGUAUAAUGAUCGGUAUGGUAAUGAUAGAUAUAAAGAUAGAUUCAAUGAUAGGCACGAUGAUAAAUACAGCGACAGACUUGAUGAUAGAUACGACGAUAGGUAUAAUAAUGACAGAUAUGAUGAUAGGUAUAGUGACAGAUAUAAUGAUAGGUAUGAUAGAUACGAUGAUUGA